GACGAAAAUUGUUAAAAAAGGUCCACCAAAUACUUUGCCUGACAAAAUUUGGUGGUAACAGAAACGGCCACGUCAAUCGCCAUCUACCUUCCUUCUUUCUCAACUCUACUUGUCCCUCUCUUAUGUUACGAGCUACCUGCAUUCUUUAUGAUCGCAUUCAAAGCAUAACGCAAAAACCAACCUCGUUUACGGAUUUGGAAAAAGAUGAGAAGAAUAUUCUAUCUUCUCUCUGAGUCCAAGAAGCUCAUUGCAGCAACAAACCCAGCUUCCAAGCUUCGUUUCAAUGCGCUUCGCUCUUUUUGCGAUCACUCUCUCCUUCGCCCACAAAACCGUCCAGGGCCGCUUGUGCAGUAUAAGAAUCUAGUGGAGCAAGGGAAGUUGAAGCAUGAUCCAUACCAAGAGGGUGUUGCUUCAGAGCUUGAGAACUUGCUUGCAAGGUUGGAGAAGUAUGAGAAAGAUAUGGAAGAAUAUCAUAUAAAACUAUCUGAAUGGGAGAAGAGUAGGGAGAGUGAACGGCGAAAGCUUCUCACGGAGGAAGUUGAGCAGCAGCAGAAAGACGAGGAUUGGUGGAAGCGGUUGAACAAUAAACUUGUUGAUAGAUGGUCCUCCCGUAAGAAACCAGAAAAUAUGGAGCCAGGGGUCGGAAAAUGGGUGUCAUAUCUGAAACGUGAGAAGAAGUUGGAUUCACUAGUUGGUCGCCGUCCUACUGCUCCUCCAGCCCCAAAAGGACUUUACAUAUAUGGCAAUGUUGGCACAGGGAAGACAAUGCUGAUGGACAUGUUUUACAGUGCCACUGAGGGAAUAGUUAAACAUCGAAGAAGGUAUCACUUCCAUGAGGCCAUGCUUAGAAUAAAUGAACACAUGCACAAGAUAUGGAAAACUCAAAUGGAAGAGAAGUCCUUGCAGUCUAGCAUUGCUGGUUGGAUUAUGAAUCUUCCUUUUGACACAAAAGCUAAGGAGUGGCUGGCUGCAGAGGAAAGGUACAAGCAAGAGAUGCAGAUGAAAAACAUACUUCCAGCUGUAGCAGAUGAAUUUUUCCUGAAUCAAGAAGAGGACAGAAAGGGGGCUAGUAUUUUGUGCUUUGAUGAAAUACAGACUGUUGAUGUAUUUGCUAUUGUGGCUUUAUCUGGAAUUCUAAGCAGAUUACUGAGCAGUGGAACCAUUAUUGUGGCAACCAGUAAUCGAGCGCCGAAGGAUUUAAAUGAGGCUGGUAUGCAACGGGAAAUCUUCCAAAAACUUGUAUCCAAGUUGGAACAGCAUUGUGAGAAUGUAUUAGUAGGAAGUGAAGUUGACUACCGUCGGUUUAUAGCACAGAGAUCAGCAAAUCAGAUGCACUAUUUCUGGCCCAUUGAACCAGAAGCUGCCAAUAAAUUCGAGAAGAAGUGGCAUGACGUAACAGGAAGGUUUGGAGGAAGAAUAAUCAGCAACACCAUCUCAGUGAUGUUUGGAAGGACACUUGAGGUUCCUGAAAGUUGUGAGGGAGUUGCACGCUUCACGUUUGAGUAUCUCUGUGGUCGUCCGUUGGGUGCAGCUGACUAUAUUGCAGUUGCUGAAAACUAUCACACUGUUUUCAUAUCUGAUAUUCCAGUGAUGAGUAUGCGCAUCCGUGACAAGGCAAGGAGAUUUAUAACCCUAAUUGACGAGUUGUACAAUCAUCAUUGCUGCCUUUGUUGCUUGGCAUCCUCCUCAAUUGAUGAAUUAUUUCAAGGAACUGAGGAUGGCACACUUUUUGACUUGGAGAGUUUCCAGUUUGAAACAGAGACCGAAGGUGCUAAACUUCGCCGUGAUGUCUUAGCAGAAGGCAAUGUGGGCUCAGGAGGUACUCCUGUUGGUAUCACAUCCAUAUUAUCUGGUCAAGAAGAGAUGUUUGCCUUUCAUAGAGCUGUUUCGCGCCUUGUAGAAAUGCAAACGCCAUUGUACUUGGAUGGAGUUCGCGAUGUCCAUCCUUAUUUUCAGAGGCAACGUAGGAGAUCUCAAAAAUCUAGUGGCAGCUUACUCUCUGAGGCAUCAAUCUGAAAAUAAGAUUUUCAUUCUAUUUGUACCAAAAUAACUGUUUUCCAACGGCCUAAACUCUGCUUGUUAUUCCAAACAAGUAAAAGUAGGUGAGUGAUCUAGUUAGUGUGAUAAUAAUGUUCAUUCUUUAUUCCUUACAGCUAUAGGUUCUAAAUAAUGCAAUAAUGCAUAUGAUAAAUAUGUACUUUGAAAAGUCCAAAAUGUGCAAGUAAUGCUGAAGGAUAUUGAAUAUUAUCCUCAUAAUUGUUGUUUGAUACUUUCAUUCAUCAAGUUUAACAGUAGUUCCUGAUACU